AUGAAUGUUUACAUAAAAUUAGUAGUAGAUUAUUCGAAGUUGGAAGCAUAUCUGAAAGGUGAAGGGAUAAAGAUCUUUAAUUAUUCGCAAUUUAGUGACAAAAAAAUAAUUGGGCAAGGAGGAUCUGCAAUAGUUCUUCACAGUGCGGCUAUAAUCGUGGAAAUUUCGCAGAAUAAAAGAGAGAAAAUUAUCGACAAUACACCAUCAGAUUACGCUUAUCUCAUCGAGAAAUCCUGGUCUUCUGAUCCUGAUCAACGUCCAACGCUGGAUCAGAUUUUGAUAAAACUUGAAAAUUUGUCAAAAGAAACAGCUAUUCAUUGGAUUUAUUUAAUAAAAGGACUGACUGAAAACACGCUAAAUACGUGCGAAUGCUAUGAGGAUAACAAAAUUGAAUCUAACAACGACACAAAUUCAAAAAAUGAUUCAAGUAAACUGGAUGAAGUUUUUCGGGACAAUGCACCUGAAAUCUCAAAUGUAAACAUGCAAUCAUUUACUGGCUAUAUCUAUUUAGAAGCGACUGAUGAUAUGGAAAAUGCCAAUAGACAAGUGAUAUUAGCGAGAAGUUAUACAGGUAUUUGUACUGAGGAAACACAAUACGUAUUGUAUGCGAAUUUGGAUUUUGCAGCAUCAAAUGAAAUCAAUCAAGAUUUUGAAAUUGAUGUAGCAGAUAAAUUUAUUAAUGAGACACAGCGGAUAUUUGAAAAACUUAGUGGAUUACUAAGACCUUUGAAGGAACUUAAAGAUAAGUCUUUAAAAAUUAAAAACGCUAGCACAGAGUUGAUAGGCCAUUUGAAAUGUUUAGAAUUAUACGCACAUGCAGAAGCAUAUUCAAAAAGAAUAGAAUUUAUUACAUUCUCAUUAGAUUCUUCAAAUAUAAUAGAAAUUUUAUUUAAAAAUGUUGUAAAUACAGAAGAAGAGAUUAAUAGACGUGCUAAAAUUCUUAGUUCAUGUUUUCAUCCAGAUAAUACCAAAUAUUCAAAAAGUCCAUUAGCCCUUUAUAAAAUACAUAAAAGUCAAGGCGAUGGACUAUUUAAACUUAUUUCAGGGUUCAAAGAAAAUUUAUUGAAUAAGACAAUGGAACAACCUAAAACAUUAAAGAAAGACGAUAUAAAAGAGCCCUCUUCCGAGUUAUUAAACCGUAGCAUGCACAUGGGAGAAUUGGCUUACCAUCAAUUUCGAGCAGCGUGCAAAAUUGCGGAUAAAGCUAAACUGCCAAAAAGGCAGAGUGGCUUUAAUAAUGCAAUGGCCCUAAUAAGAACAAAUGAUCAAGGAAUCUCUUUCAAUGAUAGAGAGAUUAUUCAGAAUACAUUAGUCAAUACGGCUGCUAAAUUAUUUGUUAAGGCAGAAAGUAGUUUGGUUUGUUAUCAAACACCAUAUAAAGAAAUUUUGCGUGCAAAAGAGCAUGCAACUGCGUAUAAAUUUAAAGGAGGUGCAGCUAGUGUAGUUGGAGCUGGAGUAGGAUCAUUAACAUUAUUGGCCGCCGGUGCAAAUAUUUACGAAGCGGUGUAUGUGACUGGUAUUGCUACUAUGGGUGUGCCGUUUGGGAUAGUAGCAGGAGUAACCUGUGUUGGUUUUGGGUGUUAUUAUGGUUUUGAUCUGUUUAAAAAAGGUCAGGAGAUGUUCACAAUUCGAGAAAAUCUCAAUAAAAUCAUGAAUAAAGCGUUAAGUGCAUAUGAUGAUAAAAAUUUUCAAAAGUUCAUCAAUGCGCUUUCUGAGGAAUAUGAUAGUAAGAAUCACAAACGCCUCUUAAAUUGUCGCGAUAAAAUUGGUAUUACAGGAAUAGAUAGCAUAGUAGACACGCUUAAAAUGUAUAGUUUCAGAUCGGAUGGUAUUGUAUAUCUACUUGUUAUGCUUGGGGAAGUUUUAGGUAGUGGAAAAAUAAAAAUCGAAGGUGUUAUACAUACAGCUUUGAAAGCCGAUGCCAAAAAAAUUUUUCAACUGGCACUGAAUGAAGGAGGUGCUUACGGUAAAUUUAAGGAUACUCUAUUAUCGAAAGAGCAUACAAGGUUGGCUUUAAAUUACCUACAAGGCUAUAUGGAAAUGCCCUUUAUUUCAAGAUUAGAAGAAAUGCGCAAUAUUGCAAGGAUAAAUAUCGCAAUUCUUAAUAUAAUAGAACAUGCAUAUGAAGAGGUAAUAGAAACUAUUGAAGAAGUUCGAAAAUUUGAUUUCUUAUGGAUAAUUAGUAGUGAAGUUCUAUCUGAUACCGAUACAUCUUCAGUUGAGACGAAUUCAGCUUCAGAAUUGGAUGAUAAAUAUAUUAGUUAUUUAAAUAAUCAACAGUCUUUCAAUCAAAAUAAAUAUUAUAAAGCGAUUUACUUUGAACACUUGGCUGAAAAAGAAGCUAAAAUUAACAAGUUAAACAGUUUAUUCCAUUGGCAAUUUGCUCAAGAAAACUAUAAAAUUGCACGUGAAAUAAACCCAGAUAAUCCGAUUUAUUCUCUCGGAUAUGCAAGAUGCUUACUAAAAUUAUCUAAAUACACUCAAGUUAUCAAACUUUCUGAUACAUGCCCAGCAUUAAAUUCUUUGUCAGAAUAUUGGUAUUUACGCAGUGUAGCUUAUUUAAAGCAAACAAAAGAACUUGUCAAAAAAUUGAAUAUAAAUAAUGUAGUUGAACACCACAUUAACCGCUAUAAAAAGGAAUUAAUAUACGAAACAGAUUAUUUAAAAAAUUCUCACAGUAAUGAGAGUCCGGUCUACAAUAUUCUAUCAAUUGAUGGUGGCGGAAUACGUGGAACUGGUGGGAUAAUUGCUGCUGGAUUGUCAGCACCGAAGUUCGAACCUAUCUACAUAAAUGAUAAACUCAUUGAAUAUAAAUAUUCAAAUUCAACUCCAAUAUUUUCAGCUUCGGAAUUAUUGAAUAUUUACAAGAACGAAUCCGAAAAAUUAUUCACCAAACCAGCAUCAUGGUUACCUAAUUGGUUUAAUUUAAACGAUAAGUAUACAAACGAAGGUCGUAAUGCUAUGUUUAAAAGAUUUUUCGACGAAACAAAAUUAAGCAAUUCUCUUACUGAAUUGGUUAUUCCUGCUGCAAAUGAAAGUUACUCGAUAAUACCGCAUUUAUUUACCUGCUACGAUGCUCGUAAAAAUAGCAAGAAUGAAGAAGUAAAUGGCACUUACGUUGAUAUAUUAAUGGCAACAACAGCUGCACCUACAUUUUUUCCACCUCAUAAAAUCGGUAGUAAAACUUUUAUAGAUGGAGGAAUACAUCUUAAUAACCCAACAUCAACUGCAUACACUGAAGCUAUCCGAUAUAGUGUGCCACAGGAAAAGAUCUCUGUGCUCCCUCUAGGUACAGGAUGCUACUUACCAGAUCCUCAAAACCCUGGUAAAUAUAGAAAUCUACUUUUUUGGGCACAAAAUCUUCCCAAAUUUAUGAUAUCUGCACAAGAAGGUAACACGGAUCGUGAAAUGUGCAAUAUGUUAAAAAAUCGCUAUCAACGAUGGCAAGUCUUUUUUGAGGAGCCAGUAGGAUUAGAUGACCAUGAAAGUAUUUCUAGUCUCUUAGAAUUAGGUUAUCAAUAUAUAGAAGAGCUUGAUUGUUCCGAUGAAAAUCCUAUCAAUAAGUUGGUAGAGUCUCUGAUCCCUAGAGUUUAA